UACAGAACAUCCUUGGAGUUAUGCAAGCUUUUGCUUAGUCUCGACCCAGAUGAAGAUCCCCUUGGUGUUCUCCUUAUGAUCGAUUUCUACGCAUUGCAGUCAGAGCAAUUUAGCUUCCUUGUACGAUUAUUCGAAGAAUGGGAGCCCCACAGAAACUUAUCCCAGCUACCAAACUUUGCUUACUCAGCGGCUCUCGCAUAUUUUCAAUUCAAUAGGAAGCACUGUGAGACUAAAAGAGCAGAUGAACUGCUCCAGGCGGCUUUGAUUAUGUUCCCAAUGGUUUUAUCCCCUCUCAUGGAAAAGUGUAAUGUUGCUUUGGACUCAAGCCUCAUUCAGCAUCCAUUUUUCUCUCCUUUAAAAGCAGACAGUGAGCCCCUCGCUUUAAAGCAGUUGGAGGCACUGUACAUUGGCAGGACGUACCAUGUGUGGAAAGAACCUGAGGUAGGAAACACAACUGCAACUCCAGUUGGAUGCGCUCCUCAUUUCAUGAAGCAGCAACCAAAUCAAGAAGAUAAUUUUCUAAAGACAUUGUGGCGACAAGUGCGUUAUAGAGGAACACCCCGAAAUAUUUAUCGGCACUUAGUCAUGUCUGAUAUCAAAGAUGCUGUUACGUCACUUCCCAUGGAUUUGGUGAACGUUCCUUUACUGUCCUAUGAUCCGCUGCCUCCCCAAGAUUCAGUGACAGGAUAUUCAAGGCCAACGAGGAGGAUUGAAGCUGUUGGAGAAAACUCUGGUCCGUUGUCUAUGUUUUUUCGCUCGCUCCUACCAUCUUUCAGUCCCCAAACCCCCAAUGGACCUCACGUGGAAGUGAGGCUUGAGCAGCCUGUUGAGGGAGCAGGGGGUGGACCCAGACCUCUACGGGACACGGAGCUUGUGCGCGGCGUGGAAAACUUGAUGGUCGCUAUGAGAGAAUUACUGAACACUCUAAGCUACCGAGGACAGCCCGAGGAGGCUGGGGGCGAGGAAGGGGAGGAUGGCAGAGAAGAUAAUCAUGCCGAAGAUGACUGGGAGGAGGAAUGGGAUUAAAAUUUCAGGAAUUAUUGGAAAAUCUUUACUUUGCAUUUCAGAGUCGGUGAGAUCCUCCAAAUCGUAAUUUUAGUAUUAUGGUGAAGAAUACUGUCCGGCAAGUUGUUAAGAACCCUAGUCGUCCCUUAACCAUAAGGAGAUUUUGCCCGCAAUUUGAACAAGGGUUGUCUUCAAUUCCAUACCCUUGUAAAGUUUUAGUACCCAUUAAAUCAAACGAUCUCACCAAUGGCUGCGACCAUAAUAAAGCGGACAUCAGUCCACUAAAGAAGUUUUGAGAUCAUUCCGUCCAAGGGAGGAAACUAUUGUUUCUUGAUGAGAUAUGCGAAUCAGUGUGAGAUUCAUAUCUUCUCGGCCAGCAUGCAAUAAAAAUGAAUGAAAUGGAAUGGUUUGUGAUCAAUAUGAUCGAGACGAAUCUAAACGAAAGUCAGCUUUAUCGCAAAUCGAAUUUUUUAGACAAAAAAAUAGUAAAUGGGCCAAUCAGCUUUGGACACGGAAUCUUUGGUGCCCUAUGUCCAGUGGCAUGUUAAAAAAAAAAAAAAAAACUACCGCAAUAUACGUAGGUGGAGAUAAUGAACGCAUGGUAUGGUGCCGAAAAUGAUCACUAGAGAAAGUGGCGUGUGCGAUAUUCAAGUUUGCGUCAAAAGUUAUAAGUAGUGCACAUGGAAAAUGGCAAACGUAGAAUUCGAAAAUUACUACUCCACCUGCGAACGCAUUGUCGAUUGAAAAUGAAUGCUGUCAUAUGUCAUUAGGUUAAUGGCAUGCAUCACAAAAAUGGCAAAAGAUUUUCUAUUUAUUGAUUUAUUCACUAAAAAUCCGUUUUAGAAAGAAGAUUUAGAUUACAUUCAUUAAUGGAUUUGAUAAUCCCUUUUACUGCUUGAAAAUGCGAGAAUGUCUCUAGAUCAUAUCCAAUAGUUCCUGGUAAUAGAUACGCCCAAUUGUUUAGGACAGUUACGUGCUGUGUUACAGAGAUCUUAAACGAAGUGGAAAGUUAUGCAAGUAUUUAACUGUAUGUCAGAUGUUACCCACGAAUCGGUCUUCUGGACGUAAGAUAGAUCAGUUCAAGUUCUAUUCUCCUAUAUAUCAAAUUUAGAAUCACAUUUUCGAACCAAUCGGUUUGACUUAAAAGGAAAAAAAAAUAGAAAUGCUGCAAUAGUAUCCAUGGAUCGAUUUGUAGCGCCAGACGUAAAAACCUACUCCGUUUUUAUUAAAUCGAUGUGUGUAAAAACUUAAGAAGAUUUUUACUUUCUGGGUUGAAAAUCGGAUGUCAUUCCCAUGUUUUGUUUGUGUACCACAAUAAAUGCUCAAAUGUACCAUCUGUUAUGCAAAAAUAAAGCUAAGGUUUUUAUGACU